AUGGGUAAAUUUGCACAGAAACUAAAGAUGAAAAGGGAAGCGAGGGCAAAAAGGAAAUCUGAAAAACAGGCGGCUAAAAGGUCCGUAAAUAAUCCAAAAAAGUCUGUCGUCACUUCAUCAAAAAAACAGGAAAAGGAAAAUUCGAAGAUCCAUAGUGAUGAUGACUCUUCGCAAGAAACUUCAUCUGAAGAAUCUUCCACUAUUGAUUCUGAUGAGGAAUCCUCUAGCUAUGAGUCAGAUUCGGAUAAAAGCUCUGAAGAUUCUGAUUCAUAUGAUACUUCUGAAGAAUCUGAUUCAGAGAGUGAGACUGAAUCUGAGAGCAAGGAAGAGAGUGAGAAGGUGGAAAAGCCAAAGCAAAAAUCUAAAUCUAAAGAGAAGUCUCUCAACAAAUCGAAAGAUAGUAGAGUAGCUGCGAACAAAAAUGUGAAAACGAAGAGGGGCCGUUUUGGCAAGAAGAAAUAA